GCUGAGUGGCGGCGGCUCGUCUUCUUCCCCCUGGCCGGAGCCAUGGCUGGCGGUCUCGGGAAGGCGGAGUCGGGUGCCCAGUUGCUUGCACGGCUUGAAGGCAGAAGUUCUCUGAAAAGUCUUGAACCUUUUCUGUUUGCUGAUGAAGGAUAUCCCAUUAAUGGUGAUAUUGUUGAAUUCCAUGGUCCAGAAGGAACAGGAAAAACAGAAAUGCUCUAUCAUCUUAUUGCCCGUUGCAUUCUUCCCAAAUCAGGAGGUGGCUUGGAGGUUGGCUUACUUUUUAUUGACACAGACUUUCAUUUUGACAUGCUACGUUUAGUGACUAUCCUGGAACGCAGACUGUCUCAAGGCACAGAAGAAAUGAUAAAGCAGUGUCUCAGGAGGUUUUUCCUUGCUAAUUGCAACAGCAGCUCUCAGCUGCUUCUUACCCUUUACUCUUUGGAAAACAUGUUUUGCUCUCAUCCUUCCCUCUGCCUUCUGAUUAUUGAUAGUAUAUCAGCCUUCUAUUGGAUUGACAGAGUCAAUGGAGGGGAGAACCUUAGCUUGCAGGAAGCAAACUUAAGGAAAUGUGCUCAGUUCCUCGAGAAGCUUGUAAGAGAACAUCAUUUAGUUUUGUUCGCAACAACUCAAACAAUCAUGCAGAAAUCUCUGAACACUGUUGAAGACCUAGGAAAACAUCACAAUGAUACAGAUAUAGACUACCGGCCUUACCUCUGUAAAUCGUGGCAACAGCUGAUAACUCAUCGAAUCUUUUUCUCCAAAGAGUGCCAUCCAGGCACCACAAAAGAAUUUUCCAUUACUGCUUGUCAUAUCCGAAAUAACAACAUUGUUAAACGUUCAUUUAGCAUCACAGAAUGUGGCGUCCAGUUUUAAUACCAAUCAUUUUUAAAAGGUGGAUUACACUGAUUCUACAGACAAACCAGUUUUAACUAUUGAUGCUGUUUUUAAUUUAACUUCUACAUUUUUGUAUCAAUGUUCCCUAAAACGUUAUUUUAAAAGGUACACGCUUACCAGGCUUUGUGUUACAGUAAACAUUCAGCUGUACAGGUGUAAAGUGUCGAAACGUUCUAGAAAAAGAUUAGCCAUCCAUCAUACCUAAUAAAAAUUAGCUGCUUUUGACACCCAUCCUACAGAAAUGGAAGUUGCUUGUGGUAUGAUCACAGCAUGGUUGGCCAUAUAUUAUGUUAGCACAUUAGUUGACAUUUAUUUAUUUAGUUAGUUAGUUCUAUACUGCCCAUAGCCAAAGCCCUCUGGGUGGUUUGCAGCACUACACAUGAGUAAUAGAAAAACCAUGCAUUACAUUUUCCCCAUCCCACUAAGCAUUUACCUACUCAUUCAGGCUUGACUCUUAUACCAGCUUACCUGGGCGUAAUGUCAAACCCAGUGGAAGGCAGACAGGAAUGGGAUUGCUUUGUCAGUUGGGUUGCACUUGAGUGCUUUCUUUAGUCUUUGGUAUGCGUUGCGCUUCUAAAUGUUGGCUACCAUGCAUGCAAUGACAGAAUAAGUAACUGGAAAAACUCAGCAUGUAUCAAAACAAGUAGAACCAAAUUCAGUAUGUAACAUGUCAAAUUCUGAAAAAUCCCUUUCUCCUAAUGAGAAACAUCCUGUAGCUCUGAGAAAAAAACCUACAUGGUAUGGUAAUACUAAUUGCAUUGGAUUUUGAAAGCUUAAACGGGGGGUAAGCCAUCAUUUUGGGCCCCAGGGACAUUUGCCGCCACCCCCCAGUCUCUGUCUCCCCAUCUCUGUGAAUUAUCUUUUCUGCCCCCAACCCCCCAGAUUCCAUUCCCUGUUUCUGUGGAUUCUCUUCUGCCUCAUUUCUCUUUCUCACUUGAGAUUUGCUUCUAACAUUAUCUCUCCUUCCAUUUUUCUCUCCUACACUCCACCAUGAUCAUCUGCUCUUUUCCCUCAUCCCUCUCUGCUGCUGUGCUCACCACCUCUUCUCUACCCCAGGAACUGAGGAGAAAGGUCAGUUACAUGCUCAUUCAACCGAUGAGCCAUUCAUUCUGUAUAGAAAUACAAAUUGAAAUCUCUGAGUUACCAAGGGUCAAGAAUUAUGACACAGCCCUCAAAUGGUAUAGCUGCAUAAGCACCUGGUCACAGACAACCAGCCAAUACUCAUAUUUUUUACACAUGAAGAACACUGAAACUAAGCAAUUGGCACAAGGCGAGCUGUAGCAAAGUUGUUGUUAUUGCUGUUUAACUAGAGGAAUCAGAAACCCUUACUGAUCUAUCACAAAUCAUGCAGAGAUCUAUCAGGAAAUAUUGAUAUACCUUCUGCUUGUCCUUGGUACUACUGCUGAGAAAACCUGGUUUUUGUGGGCACUAACUAGUUUUUAGAAGGUGGUGACACUUGGAGCAGGUUCCUGUAUGUGGUCUUAAUCACCUGGAUCAUGAGGCUCAUGUAAUAAUUUGUUCUUGGUAAUGCUGGUCAGAUACCAGUGAUGCUAGUUGAGCUGCUAAACACAAGUUCUGGAAGCAUGUAAGUUACCUUCUGUCAUGUGCUUUUAAUGUGCUCUUCACAUCAUCACAUCAGAUCCAGCUGCAAUUUAUGAAAGUGGCUGUACAAAGCAGGCAUCCACUAUCACUUCCUCCAUCUAAAUAUUUUCUUUGAAACUUGGUGGGGGCUUUUUGGGUGGGUUGUUUUGUUUUUUGUCUUAUGUUGUUUUUUGUUAAAAAUCUAUACAAACAUUUUGCAGGUCAAGGUUUCCCCAUGACAUGGCCUUGUCCACAAUACAUUGCUUUUAAAUGUGUAGUGAAUAAUAUGAAACCUUGAAUUUAAAUUACUCCACAGACAAUGUAGAAAGAAUAUAAUGAUCUUGAUAAGAAGGUGAGGCUUGAUCUUCUCAGAUUUAGUUUUAUUGUUAUUAUCUUUUCUGCCUGUAGCAAAAUAAGCUCUGUUACUGGGCAGACCUUGAACAAGAAUGAAUAUGAAUGUUCAUUGUCAUAAAAAAGACUGUUCACUAGAAAUAGGUAACCUGUGGCCCCUCCAGUGUUGAGGGACUCCAACUUUUAUCAACUCUAGCCCAUACAGUCAGUGAUCAAGGUUAAUAGAAAUUCAGACAACCAUCUAAAUGGCAACAGCUCUCCUGCUUCUGCAAUUGUUAAUAAAAACGUUUGGUUCUUAAAUGUACGCUCAGUCAGCCAUAAUUAGAGGAAAAUAUUAAGCCUGGAUUUUCUCAGCUUUAACCAUUGAAACAUGUAUUUCUUUAAGCAGUAGAAAGCCUUGGGGCUGCAUGCACCAUCCUUCUCUGGCACUUAAUAAAAGUCCUUCCUUGAAGGAGGCUAAAAAGUGGGUGCAGAUACAUCAAACUUAAUAGGGUUCUUCACUAUGUCUGAAAUCAUACUAUUCCUGACCUUAUGGCCAACGUGUCUCUUUAGGUUGCUUUUUUCACAUGUUUAAUUAGAGGUUGCAUUAAGGCAAACACCUCUCAUGCAAGGUUUUAAAGGUCAAACUAGCUUUUAAGGAAAACAAUAUAAACCUUCACCAUACUUUUGUGAUGUAUGAACUAGAAAGGGAAUAAACUAAAACUAGAAAGGGAAUAAACUUUGAACUAGAACUAGAAAGGGACUAAACUAAACCUUGAACUAGAAAGGGAAUAAACUGAAAAAAAGGGGGACAAGUAUUUAUGUUCACAUGGACUUAAGUCUGGCUUUGCUGUUUCUCCAUGACACUGUUUUCAACCAGUCUGUUGGCAGUAAUGCUCACAAAAGGGUGCCAGUUAUUUUAUGUUAGACAACAUCAUGGCUUUUGAAUUCAAGAGGAGUACUUCUAUGAUUGGAGCUUAAUUUAAGAACAAAGAGACAAUUAUGAUUAGAUUGCAAAGUCCACAAUUAGGCAGUGUUUUUAUUAAGAGCAACCAAAAGGUCAGACAGUAAGCAAACUUUUGGGAUCUCAAAACCCUUCCAUCAGGCUGGAUGUUAGGCAAAACCAAGGGGUAAGGCAAAAUUGAUGUUGUGGACAUGAAAUCUCCAUUUUAUCUCAGUCAACAUGGAGUGUAGUAAGAAAUGACCAACUUUAUUGAGUUAGGCUGUGCUAGGAAUCACCACUGCUUCUAACAAAGGAUACUGACACUCUCUAAAUGCAUUUCUUCAGCAACUCCAGCCACCAAAGUAGUUGCCACUUGGACCAGCCCCAGUUGUCACAGAAAGGAGGCAGCUGCCUCGUCUCUUAACAUUUUCCUUUUUCCUAAUGGUCAAGAGUGCCUUGCUGAAAGGCUGUAUCAGCUUGUUUUGCAAGUAUGGUUUUUGGAAGAAGUACUUCCGAUCUUUGGUUUUAGCCUGAGAAAAUGCUUGCUUGCUUGGAUCCUGAACCCUAGUAAGAAAUGUUAAUUUUUAUUGCCACCCCAUAAAUUAUAUUAACUAUGUGCUUGGGAGUCAUAAAUAAUGCCUUAUUUUUAGAAAGAAAGAAAGAAAUCAGAAUUUGGCUUGUACUUAUUAAGGUCGUGAUUAACAGGGCAGUCAUCCUGGAGUUCUUGGACUGAGGCUGGCAUCACCACACUGAUGUCAAUGAGAUUUAAAUGUGCCAGCUGAACUGGUUUGUGGAUUAGGCUGUUCUACCUCCAUAUUUAAGCCUCCCUCCUGCCCUCCCCCCCAAAUGGCGUUUACUUAAAUAUUUUAUAGCUGCGACUUUUUGCUUCUAAAAGAACUAAUUAAUAUCAACUGCAUUGGAAAAACCCUGACACAUUUUGGUGCAAAGUAGAAGAGUGUUCCUCUUUCCCAAGUGGGAACACUAUGCCAAUUCAUCUUGGAGUAAGCAGUGACUCAACUGUAACUAUUUUAGAUCCCAAAUGAGCUAGCAUUGUGCAUCUGGAAGCUCUAAUGCACUUCUCCAAUGGAUGUCAUUCACAUGUCGUUUUUUAAUUAAUUAACAGCUUCGCCAAGGGAAACCAAUAAUGAGUCCAUUAAAGCUUCCCCCCCUUCCUCCCCCCCUUUCCCCUAAAAGACAAAUAAAUAACUUGCAUAGUAGGAACAUAUGUUGCACUCUGUUUUUUCCUUGGAGAGCACUUAGAUGUGCAACCUGUUUAUAGUUGGAUUUUUUAAAAAACAAAAUCCACCUAAUUCAAGCUGCUUCAGCUUUAAUAUCUGGGAAGCAACUGAAAGAGCUAGCAAGAGUCCUCACUGCCUUGGAAGAGCAAAGUUUUUAUUCUACUUCCAUAGCCUCAUUUCAAGUGCCAAGCCUCUGGCAGUUUUUGUGCAGUGCAGCUCUAUGCCAGAUGUGAUAGUCUUCCCUUUGCCUGUGCCUACCCUGGAAAAGGAUGGGAAUCCUUGCGGUAAAUAAAAUACUGAGGGUGCCUAAAUGCUGUCUGCCAACAGCUCAGACAAGUAGCUGGUUCAGGUCAAAAACACAUUUGAAAGCCCGGAUUGAUUUGGAGAAAAAGUAAUCAAUGGGCCCUCAAGCUUGCAGAAAUGGUCUAAGAAAAGAAUUGUUUGUUGCUGGAAUAGUAAUAAUGCUACAUCUCAGCCUGGCCCUCACAGCCAAAAGGAAUAAAGUCCUUGGCAUACGAUGCUGGCCCACCAAGUGCUCCAUUGUUUUUGCACUCCUAGACGGGCAGCAACCAGAGAAGCUGCCACUAGACCUCCAUCUGUGCAUUCCUAACUUGGUAGAUCACAAGUUGUCCAGCCUAGACCAGGACCCAGAAGUUAUAAUCACCCCUGCCCCCCCCCCGUACACUUACUCUUUCCCUUGCCCUUCUCUUCACUGUGGUUCAUCACUAUAGGCUGAUGCUAUAUGAACUUUUCCCCGCUGUUAGAUGGCUUCCUUUGUAUGGCAGACUCCGUUUUUGCCCGUUGCUGAUUUUUGUUGCCUCGGUAUGCAAAUUCUCCCCUAGGUCUUUGGCUCCACCAAUCCUUCUGCUUGCUUCUCUGUCCACACAGGACUGGGCUUCCUUUUGGAACUGACCUCCGCUUGACUCUCUGAUCUGUGGCUUUGUCCUAGCCCUUUGUAUCUCUAGGACUGUUUGCUUGCUGAAUACAGCCUAAUAAUCCUUCUCUCUCCUAUGGAAACGAUGCCUGACCUUUUGGAAAUAGAAGGUACAGGACCCCCAUAUCAGAUUCAGCACAAAGGCCAUUAGUCCAUCUGAGUCAGGCCAUUCAUCCAGUAUUGGUUUAAAAAAAGAUAUCAAGAAGCAACUGAAAAUUAAAUUACAGUUUUCUGACUUUAUUGCUUUGUGUUGCUUUUAAUACCUAUUUUCAUACGUAUGCCAUAAUUUCAUAAUUUUCUCUGCAGUCAAAGCAAGGGGGGAUUCUGAAGACUUAAGGUGUUUGAAAAUUCACUGCUAUCUGAUGGUCCUAGUUUUGCAGUUGUAAUUGGUGAAAUAAGGUCUUAAGACCCAACUUUCACUAGUUAAGCUAACACCUCUUUUGCUUAACAACCAUCUAUGAAAGUAUCUCUAAUGCUUGUGAUUUAGUUCAGAAGAAAUCAGCAACAUAAAAUUACAAACUGAGCCUUCAGAAAUAACACUGAAGCCAAAAAGUAAAAGCCCUUCAAGGGAUUUGGGGAUAUAAACAAAAAGAAAGCUGGGCCAAUGGUUAGAGUUCCCCAGUGUGUUUUGCUAUUGCAUCUUCAUGGCUAUUGACAUAACCCUUUGAAAUCAGUGCAAGUUGUCUUGGCACUUACACAAGACUAAGUUCCACCUGUUGCUUUCAAUGGGACUUAAUCAUGACCUAUUUUUGUAGGAACCUGCCCUUCUCUCAUAAAUCUGUAAUGUAUCAAGGAACUGAAGAAUUUUUAUAUGGGCUAUUUAAAUGACAACCCAAACCAUUUAUCUUUAAUAUUUAAAAAUUCAAGGACUGUAUCUUUCACAGACUGGGAAGUGCCAUGCAUAUUUAUAGCUAUCAUGUGUUGCAGUUGGAACUCCAAGGUGUACCAUGUAAAGUAUGCCAGAAUUUUUAAAAUAAUUUAUAUCCCAUUUGUACUCUUAUCAGAGUGUAUUAGCAGCAAUAUUCAAACAGCAAUACUGUGCUGCCUUUUAUUCCACAGUGUUGGUUCUACUAUGUAAUUUUCCUUGAUUUUCAGUAUUUGUAUAAUUUUAGGUAUGUUUAGCCUGGAGGUGGCAGGGGGACUAUGACAGCAUUCCUCAAAUACUAGAAGUUUGUUACACAAAAGAGAGCUACAUUUCGUGUGCUUGAAUUAUUAUUAUUUAGUACAUUUCUAAUCUAAUCUAGAUUUUGGUUGGACAUCGGUAGUAACUUUAGAUGUUGAUAGCAGCUUGACAAUGAUACCAAUUACCUAGUGAUAAUAUCACGAUGGAGUCCUUAAUAGUAGUGAUGAGCAGUUCUGCCAAGUCUAUUUCAGUGAACGUUCUCCUUUUUCCACUUCUUACCUGUUCAAUGUACACUGUAUUUUUAAUGGAAUUUGGGGGGUAUUUCUAAAAUGUGAAUUGUGCACAUACAUUGUACAUAAAUACCACUGACUAAAUUGUGAUUUAGGCAUUUUUAAAUAUAAUUUUUUCUUUACACACUUCUCCGUUAUGUGAA